AUGCGCAGAGCUGGAGACGGAUUCCUCCCGCUGGAUGCAGUGGAGCCUGCCGUAACGUCCUACGUGAACAUCUGGACUCCUUUGUUCAAGUCUGCACAGGAGAGUGGACUGGCUCCCGAGUUCUUGAUCCACUGGGGCCAUGCAGGAGCUAUGGCCAUGGUUUUGCUGGCAAUGGGUGGCUACGGGACGUUUCUGGGCUGGGCCACUCGCUUGGGCAAUGGAGCCACCGUGUACCCAUUGAGCAUCGGGAAGUCUGCGGCAGAGCUCCAUCCCAUCCUCAUGGGGGCCGCGCUCUUCUUCUUUUUCCUUGGUGGACAAGGUGGCCUUGUGCUUCUAGCAACUCAAGGCCAGCCCCUUCUACAGUCAGCCCAUUCUUCCACAGCGGUCAUUGGGCUCCUCCUCAUGGCGGUGCAAGCGCCUUCAUCUUGA